AUGUCCAUCCACUUACACAACCACAGCAUCUUGGACCACAGCAUCACCUCCAGACCGUUAAUCUUUGGACAACUUGUCUUGCAAGCCGCAUUCAAAUACUUGCCAAUUGGCACUGAAUCCACCUUUGUGUUACCGCAAUGGGCUAUCAACUCUGUGGAAGGGGUUCUUUUUGGGGUUUCGCAGCCGUUAUUUGACCGUUACAUUAUGUACACGCCCAUCCGCCGCGGCAGCGGCAUCAAUAAUGUCUUGCGCGCCUCCAUGGCCCUCGUGGGGAUCGCCUACGGAGUCCGCAAGAUGGAGUGGGCCAACCCCAUGCAAAUUUCGUUGAUGUGGUCUGCUUUGAACAUUAUCUUGUGGGGCUACUUAGACACUACGGCAAGCGGCUUCAUCUUGAGUUCGAUUAUUGCUGCCGUUGUGAUGCUCAUUCUGGGGGUCGAUCACGGCAAACUUGCGCAGUACUUGUGGUUGGCGAGCUUCUACUUUUGCGGCGCCAUUAUCUUUGGUCAGGUUGGGCGGUUCUUCUAUCGUUGA